UUUAAAAACCUCUCUACGUUGUUUCCAAGAGCCAACAAGAGUCUCUCCGGCUCUAAUCACUCUCUCUUUGUAGAAUAAUAAUCUUAAAAGACUUUUCGUCUUUCUCCUACCAGACUUUUCUUCGUGAUGCAACGAACGAACCCUUCUUUUUUUUAUAUUUUUUUUCCUUUUAUUGCACCGCUACAGCAAGCAAUCGUUUUGGGUCUGUUAAAUAGACCUUUUCGCAGGCUCCAGCUUUACACCAGUUGUCGUUUUUGGGUUCUUUGUUUUUGAAUGAUUUUGGUUUUAAUCCGACGGUGAGGAUUUUGAUCGGAGGAGAUGUCGAAGGGUGAGGAUCAAGCUCGGUCUCUCUUCGGGAUUUCUCUAUCCAAUCGACCCAGAUGGCAGCAGUUCUUGAUUUGCUCUUCUGGCUUCUUUUUCGGUUAUCUCGUCAAUGGCAUAUGCGAGGAAUAUGUUUAUAAUCGGCUUCAAUUCAGCUAUGGAUGGUAUUUUACUUUCGUUCAAGGAUUUGUGUACCUUGUACUCAUAUCCCUCCAGGGUUUCACCACCAAACAAAUGGUGAAUCCAUGGAAAACAUAUGUGAAAUUAUCUGCUGUACUUGCUGGUUCUCAUGGAUUAACCAAAGGAUCAUUGGCCUUUCUCAACUAUCCUGCACAGAUCAUGUUCAAAUCGACGAAGGUAUUGCCAGUCAUGGUUAUGGGUGCCUUUAUUCCUGGCCUGAGAAGGAAAUACCCGUUUCAUGAAUACAUUUCUGCUCUGCUUCUGGUUGUUGGUCUAAUCUUUUUCACCUUAGCUGAUGCCAAUACAUCUCCGAAUUUUAGCAUUAUUGGUGUCAUAAUGAUUUCUGGUGCUCUGAUUAUGGAUUCAUUCCUGGGUAAUUUACAAGAAGCAAUUUUCACUAUGAAUCCUGCUACAACACAGAUGGAGAUGCUUUUCUGCUCAACAGUUGUUGGCAUGCCUUUCUUACUUUUACCCAUGAUAUUCACAGGAGAACUGUUCAGGGCCUGGUCUUCUUGUUAUCAACAUCCUUAUGUAUAUGGGGUAUUAGUGUUUGAGGCCAUGGCCACAUUCGUCGGCCAAGUCUCUGUGUUAUCCCUCAUUGCCCUUUUUGGUGCUGCCACCACUGCCAUGAUAACAACUGCAAGAAAGGCAGUGACAUUGCUGCUAUCAUACAUAAUAUUUACGAAACCAAUGACCGAACAGCAUGGUACUGGGCUCCUGCUUAUAUCCAUGGGAAUCAUAUUGAAGAUGCUACCCGAUAACAAACCCCAAACCAGGAGCGCCUCCUCAAAGCAUUUAAAGUCCUUCACUAAUGAAGGAAAAAGCCUCGUCGAGAAUGGCGAAGACGAUGAGAAAAGGCCCUUGGUAUGAAAAGAUCAAUGAAGCAUAUUCUGUCUGUUUGACGUUUCUACAACCGGGGGGCAUAGACAAGGAAAGCUGAGGUUUCUGGAGUAAGCAUAGGAGCAAUAGAAGUAUGUUAGCCAAGUUUGAUGUAAAUUUCUUCUAGGAGAAUAUAACCCUUCAUAUUUCAGAUUUUGGAAAUUCAAUUUUAUUUUAUGAACAAUUCAUCUUCAUCAUGGCCUUGAGCUGUUGAUUCUUUAAUCUUUAUUCAUCUUGUAAUUGUUAAAGGAUCAGCUGGGUUUUUGGAAGUUUGUA